AUGCCGAUCCUCAACAACCCGCUGCCGUCGUCGAUGCGCAGUGAAUGCAAGAAAUGCGGUCGCAUCCUCGCCUCGUUCAUCGAUCCUCGACAAGCCUUCGGUCCAGACAAAGUCAUCCCGCCAUCGAUCCUCGCCAAUGCAAAAGGUCUCGCCAUCCUCACGGUCUUCAAGGCCGGCUUCUUGGGCUCGGGUCGAUUCGGUAGCGGCGUGGUCGUUGCUCGUCUAGCUGACGGAACCUGGUCUGCACCAUCAGCUAUCGGAACAGUAGGCGGCGGUUUUGGAGGUCAGAUUGGAUUCGAGCUGACUGACUUCGUCUUCAUCCUCAAUGAUGCCGCUGCGGUAAAGACCUUCGCUCAGGUCGGAUCUUUGACUUUGGGUGGAAAUGUCAGUAUUGCUGCUGGACCCGUCGGCCGCAAUGCCGAGGCUGCUGGCGCUGCCAGCUUGAGGAGCGUAUCUGGAAUAUUCGCAUACAGUAAGACCAAAGGCUUAUUUGCAGGUGUCAGUCUGGAGGGCAGUGUACUCAUUGAGCGGAGAGAUGCCAACGAGAAGAUGUACAACCGGAAGCUCACAGCUCGUGAACUUCUGGGAGGAAAUGUGCCUGUACCACCUCAAGCUGAGCCAUUGAUGCGCGUGCUGAACACGAGAGUCUUUGCUGGAGCGGGAUACAGAGAUGAUCAGAUGUACAACGACGUCCCGGUCUAUGACGACGCACAUGACGAUGUGGUGUGGCAAGGCAGGACUGGAACUGGGUUCAACGAAGGUGUGCGGACGGAUCGAACUGGUAGUUUUGGACAGGCGCCACAACGAGCUUCGACCUUUGAUGAAUACUACGGCAGCCGCGCCAACCCAAACGAGACUUUCGAUUCCAUGCAGACUCGCAGUCGGUCAUCAACGCUCGGUGAUCAGUCAGAUUACACUUACAGCGACCGGAAAGGCCCAGCACCUGGCCGGCCGUCAGCACCUAAGCCUGCGUUCGGAAGCACUGGCAAGUUCCCAACCGCUCAGCCUGGGCAAGCUAUUGCGAAGUUCACAUUCGAUGCCGACCAGCCUGGUGAUCUUGGCUUCAAGAAAGGCGAGGUCAUUACCAUCGUCAAGCGCACAGAGAACGAAGCAGAUUGGUGGACUGGCCGGAUUGGUGAACGCCUUGGAAUCUUUCCCAGCAAUUAUGUCGAGCUUGUAUAG